CCCCCUGCGGCCCUGGAGAGCUGCCAUUCGGCGCAAGGACUCCUUCGCGCUCCCACAAUGCACCGGCACUCCGCGGGAAACCAAAAUGGCGAAGGGCUGUAGCGAAGUGGGGUCGUGUUGGAGGCGGGUGUGAGCACCCCAGUCCACGUCCCCCUCAACCUUCUUCUCAAACCCCAGUCCUCAGGACGUUGGCCUGUGUUUACUUGUCGGUUGGCACCACUGAAGUGACCGAAUGAGAGACUCUACAGGGGCGUGUAAUUCAUUGGUCCAUAAGCGGUCUCCUUUACGUCGAAACCAAAAGACACCAACAUCCUUGACCAAACUGUCUUUACAGGAUGGACAAAAAACCAAAAAGCCAGCAUGUAAAUUUGAAGAAGGUCAGGAUGUCCUAGCUAGAUGGUCAGAUGGCUUAUUUUAUCUUGGAACUAUCAAAAAGAUAAACAUAUUGAAACAGAGCUGCUUCAUCAUAUUUGAAGAUAGUUCUAAAUCCUGGGUUCUCUGGAAGGACAUACAAACAGGAGCCACUGGAAGUGGGGAAAUGGUCUGUACAAUAUGUCAGGAAGAGUAUUCAGAAGCUCCUAAUGAAAUGGUUAUAUGUGAUAAGUGUGGGCAAGGGUAUCAUCAGUUAUGCCAUACACCUAAUAUUGAUUCCAGUGUGAUAGACUCUGAUGAAAAAUGGCUCUGUCGACAAUGUGUUUUUGCAACAACAACAAAGAGGGGUGGUGCGCUUAAGAAAGGACCAAAUGCCAAAGCGUUACAAGUCAUGAAGCAGACUUUACCCUACAGUGUGGCAGACCUAGAAUGGGAUCCAGGUCAUAAAACCAAUGCUCAGCAAUGCUACUGCUACUGUGGAGGCCCUGGAGACUGGUAUUUAAAAAUGUUGCAGUGCUGCAAAUGUAAGCAGUGGUUUCAUGAGGCUUGUGUGCAAUGCCUUCAAAAGCCAAUGUUAUUUGGUGACAGAUUUUAUACAUUCAUUUGCUCUGUCUGUAGUUCUGGACCGGAAUACCUCAAACGUCUGCCCUUACAAUGGGUAGAUAUAGCACACCUUUGCCUUUAUAACCUAAGUGUUAUUCACAAGAAGAAAUAUUUUGAUUCUGAACUUGAACUUAUGACGUACAUUAAUGAAAACUGGGAUAGAUUGCACCCUGGAGAGCUGGCAGACACACCAAAAUCUGAAAGAUAUGAGCAUGUUCUGGAGGCAUUAAAUGAUUACAAGACCAUGUUUAUGUCAGGAAAAGAAAUAAAGAAGAAGAAACAUUUAUUUGGGUUGAGAAUUCGUGUUCCUCCUGUGCCACCAAAUGUGGCUUUUAAAGCAGAGAAAGAGCCUGAAGGAACAUCUCAUGAAUUCAAAAUUAAAGGCAGAAAAGCAUCUAAACCUAUACCUGAUCCAAGGGAUAUAAGUAAUGGUAUAGAAAAGAAAGGAAAGAAAAAAUCUGUAGGUCGUCCACCUGGCCCAUAUACAAGAAAGAUGAUUCAAAAGACUUCGGAACCAUCCUCUUUGGAAAAGGAAUCAGUUCCAGAGAAUCCUACCUUGGAUUUGCCUUCCUCACUAGGGAAACCUGAUGGAACUGCACAUUCAUCCAAUACCUCAGAUGUGGACUUAACGGGUGCUGCCAGUACAAAAGAAACUACCUCAUCUACCAUUUCCAGGCAUUAUGGUUUAUCUGACUCCAGAAAGAGAACUCGGACAGGAAGAUCGUGGCCUGCUGCAAUACCACACCUGCGGAGGAGAAGGGGACGCCUUCCUCGGAAAGCACUCCAGACGCAGAAUUCUGAAAUUGUGAAAGAUGAUGAAGGCAAAGAAGAUUAUCAGUUUGAUGAACUUAACACAGAGAUUCUUAAUAAUUUAGCAGAUCAGGAAUUACAGCUUAAUCAUCUAAAGAACUCUAUUACCAGUUAUUUUGGUGCUGCAGGUAGAAUAGCAUGUGGUGAAAAAUAUAGAGUAUUGGCUCGUCGGGUGACGCUUGAUGGAAAGGUGCAGUAUCUGGUGGAGUGGGAAGGAGCAACUGCCUCCUGACUGUAGGACUGAGGGAACAUUAUGUUCACUGCACUCUCAUCUUCUGUAGGCACAGUUCAGAGCCCUGAAGGAGCUGGCUUUGACUCUCUUUCUGACAACACACACACGCACACACAUGCACGCAACCACACAAUUAUACACAUACACCAAACACACAUUAUAGGGAAAUAUUAGCCUUAACAUGUACCUGUUAACAAAAUGGAUAUUGUCAUAAAAGCUAUCUUUUAAAAUCAGAACAGAGACUUAAUUUUUUAAUCUUAAGAUUUGUAGAUUGUUUCUAGGAUAGGCUAUUAAAAUGAUUCAAACUCAUGCAUGGUGUUAGAUAAUUUUUCUAGAUAUUCCAUUGAGUCAGUUCUUGUGAUUAGUGGUUUUCAGCGCAAACAGAUCAUGUAGAUAGCACAAGUCUUUGGAGAAACGUUGUCUGUUUUGUUACCAAAAUGUUUGCAGAAAUGAAUUUCUAUUUCAAUACCUUUUAGAUUUCAUAAAGUGCAGUGUAUAUAAUGCCUACUGAAAGACUGUAAAAUAUUGAAAUUUUUCUUUCAAGCAAAGUGUAAAAAAUAUAUUGAGCCUGUAAAUUGCUCCAUGACUAGACUUCAUUGUCGUCUUAAUAUAUUCUUUGCAUGUGCAUAUAUAUAUACAUAAUAUGUGUAUAUGUAUAUGUGUGUGAUUAUGUGACCUAUGCAAUACAAAUUAUGGGAAUGGGCAGCUUUGGAGUAUAUAUAUCCCAUAAUUCUUUUUUCAGGAAUAGUUGCAGUAUUUACACAGCAGCAUUUCUUCUCAGGCUUUAUCAGGUGCUGUUGCUUGCUAUGUAUGAAGAGAAAUAUGUCAAACCAGUGCAGUGUGUUCUGAUGGAAGGGUAUGAACAACUGUUCAUGGGCUUCUUGUAAUGCUUUUUAGUUCUGGUCCUUGUAACUCAGCUGUUCAGAACCUAAAACAAAAGUCAGAUAUGAACAUUAUCUCCUGCUAGAAGUAACGUGUUCAAGUUUUUGUGGCACAUUAUGAUUGUAAAUGUCUCCCAGUUUUAACAAGUCUGUAGGGAUUCCCCAAAAGAUUCCUACAAUGUCUGUAGAAAUGUUAGUCAUGUUUGAUAAAUGUAGUAUGAACAAAGUAUUUUAUUGCACAGGGUUCACAAACAGUAUGUUGCCUGUUGAGGCUACCACUGUUUUUAUUACAACAUUACCUCUUGUUUUUAUAAAAUGUACCAAGUUUUAAAUUGAUAACUUUAUUUUACAUGUAAAAAGACAAUUCCUUUUAUCACCAGUGUUAGAUGUAUUUUCUUAGUCUUUUUCCUUUUUUGUUUUGUUUUGUUUUGAUUUUUUUUUUUAGCCAAAGAGUAAACAGAAGAACAUUCAUAUUUUGGUGGCUAUUCAUUUUACUCUUAAAAAAAAUGACUGGUGUUUAGCUUAAAAAUUGGAAAUUUGCCACCAAAAUGAAAAAAAACAACAACAUUGUAAGAUGUCAAAGAAGAUUGGUUAAAAAUGUGGGUUAGUGCUUAUUUAUUUCAUUGAUUGCUUAUUUGACUGUUUAUAAAGAAAGUUGCUUUAUUUCCUUAAGCAUCUUCAAAAGAUGACUUCUUCCUGUCACAUCAUAGCCAAAAGAAGCAGAGAAUGUGGUUGUCCUGCACCUGGUUCCUGGUCAGCCACAUAUAAAGGAGCUUUACAAAAGGGCAAACUAAAAACUCACCUCUGUUUGCCACCACCAGAACCUGAUUUUUCCCCUAGCUAUUCAUUUAAAGUUGCCUUUCCUGCAGCUGCAAUAUUUUGAUAACACAGAUUUUGUGUUGAUUUUUGAAUGUUUGUUUAAAUCUAGGGGUAAUGGAAAAGUGUAAAUCCCAUGUAACAUAAUUCACUCCUCUUGUAUUCACAUUAUUUCGUUCUCCCAAAGUCCUUUAAUUCUAACUGAACACCAGCAGUAUUUAUAGUAAAGCUUUCUAUGAUAUGCUUGGAAGACAAUUUAUCCAGCUAUACUGUUUUUAGAUUUAAUAAUUGUGAAUGUCUCUUUGAUUUUAUCUUGGUGGUUCAUAUGGCUCUGAUGUUCAGUUUGUAUUUUUGGAAUUGCUUUACUUAGAAUUAAAACAGACCAACAUUAAAUGUGUGUAUUUUUAAGAGAUAAUGAGUUUUGCUUUUGUAUUUGUUUGAAAAUACACACUGGUGCAGUAAUUGACAACUUUUAGCAUGGAGUUAAGGAUUUUCCCACUCCACUGCUAAUAUGUCUAAUUCUGAUUAAUAGUGGAAAACUUUUACUGCCCUCAUUCUCCCCUUGAUCUCCAAAGCAAAAAAGUAAUCAUUUCAAGUCCAUCUUAAAUUGCCUGUUUGACAAGUAGUAAACAUUUAGCCAUCCUAAAUAUUUAGAUACCUUAAAAAUAGGUAUUUCCCCUCAGAAUAACUCAGCGAAAUUAUCAGCCAAUUUUUCAACUUCUGCUCAUAAAGAGAUGUCUACAGGACAGGAUGAAUCAAGGUUUAUUUGUUAGGGUGCUCCAAAGUUAGAUUUAAAAUUUGCUAACUACUGAAAAAAAUUCAUUGUGUCCAAGUUAAGUUAUCCUAUAAGAGAGUUUAUUUUUAGCCAUGGCUUUCUUUACUCUGCUACUGAGAAAUUACUAAUCUUUAAAAUCUCAGAUUAAUGUGACCAGAAUAACAAACAUCAAAAUAAUGCAAGUAAAUACCCAUGUCUUUUGUAAAAUGUAAUGCAUUUAAUAAGGUCUUCUAUAUUUGUGUAUCAAACUUUGCCAAGAAGUGAGAUCAAACUAGAAGUGUGAGAGACCAUUUUUGUAUUUUGUGUGUUAUGUAUAGAUAAAUUUGGUAAUGUAAAAUGUACAACAGAACUCAUUCUUGCUGAGGCUUUUACUGUAUACUGUAGGGUUUGGGUGGAGGAGACAUGAUCUGAUUUAAAUAAAUAAUAAUAGGCUGUCAUAUAAUUGGGUGGUUAUAUAGAUUGGGAGUGGUCUUGUGAUUGAUUGGAAAGGAAAUGUCUCUAUGUAAUUUUGGAAAGUAAUUUUUAAAUGACUAUUCUAGGCAUAUUCUCCUUAUUGGUGCUUAUUUGUACCAGGGAAACACAAUAUUAGGUGAAACAAUAUACAGGUAGCAGUUAGUUCCAUAGGAACUAUCUUUAAAAUGUUAGAAAUGCAACAGUGUUAAGUGGGAUUUAGUUGUAAGGCAUAAUGAAUUUAUGACAAAACUGUAUUGGUUGGAGUAUAUUUAUAUGAGUUCUGCCUUAAAUGUGGGAAUUUUUUUUUCCAAAUUUUAUAUGAAUGCUUUCCUAAGUAUACACGCCUGAAAAAUUUCUUCUGAUUCUUUUGUGGUAAUUGAUCAGGCAUGCUUUUUGGAAGAAAAAAAAAACCAAAAAAUUAAACAUAUCUAAAGUAGAGAUUUUAAUGUGAUUUAAGUGAGUGUUUUUCCAUGGGGGCAGUUAAUCUGAGUCACUCUUUAUGUGGUAUAAACAGAUGGUGUGGGAAGAACCAUAUAUGAGCUAUGGUUAUUAGAAUAUAAAUUGUUUUUCUUAAAGCAGUGAACUCUAUCUUAAAAAACUUUGGACUAUAGUCUAAAGUUUAAACAAAUUUUUAAGCAAACAAAAAACCAUUUUAUUUCACAAACUCUUCCUUCCUACCCUAUUGAGAAAAACUGAAAGAACCAAUGUCAUAAAAAUAUGCACAGCCAAACAAGACAAAUUCCUACAUUGGCUAUGUCCAAAAAAUAAUCUAUCUUAUUCUCAAUGUUGAGUCCAUCACCUUCAUCAGGAAGUUGGGUAGCAUGUUUUAUCAAGGGUUCUUUGAGAUGGUGACUGGUCAUUUUAUUGAUCUGAGUUCUUAAAGCCCUUGGAGCUUAUUUGUUUUUAUAAUAUGGUUGUCAUUGUAUAAAUUGUUCUUGCUCUGUUAACUAACUUCACUUUGCAUUAUUAGUUCAUGCACCAGGGUUCUCUGACUUUUCCCUUCAUUAUUUCUCAUAGCACAAAAACAUUUCGUGAUAUUUGUCUGCUGUGGUUUGUUAAAUGAUGGGUUUUCCCUUAGUUUGUAGUUCUUUUAAAUGUGGAUCUUUUCUCUCUUGGAUCUUUUUGGAAUAUAAACCAAAUGGUAUUGCUGGGCCAAAAGCUUGCACAAGUUAGGGCUUCUUUUUUUGAGCAUAGCUCCAGAUUUGCAUCUUUCUGCAGCUCUUCCAGCAUUUGCUAUUUUCCUUUUUUGUUAGUUCUAUCAGUCUGAUGAUUUUAAGAGAGUUGGAUUUUUAAAAAUUGCUCUAAUUUGUCAUUUCUCUAAUUACUAGUCAUUUGGAACAUUUUCAUAAGGGAAGGAAAAGGGAAUAAACAUUUACAUACUAUGCGCCA